AUGACCUUCGGAAUCCCCCUCAGGGGACUUUCGGUCAUCCUACACACUCUUCUACUCUCAUCAGUGGUUAUUGCUGGUGAGGUAAUAUGGCUAUCCAACUGCCAGAACUCCCAGGGCAUUAAAUCUUCCCAAAUCGCUUACCAUUCGAACCCACGAAACGGCGAUUACCCUCAGUCAAUUGCGACGGUUCCCACCAGUUGGGACCAAGCAGUCAACUGGGAGGGUCGCACUGUAUCUGCCACGUUCCAGGACGGCAACGUGUUCACCUCUCAUAUCAACAGCGGCCAAGUUGCCGAAUACGGCUACGCUGGAUCUGGAGAAAACUCUGCCUCUUCAUUCACCUGCUGGAAACACUGGCAACCAAACCUCUAUCAGAUGGAAGGCGGUGGACAAUGCAGCCAAGUGUACUGGUGC